UCUGCGUGUUCCGGUGGUCCUUCGAUUCCCUUCUCUCUCACUUUUGUCGCCUCUUUAUCUUCAGCAACACUGUCCACAUUUCCGCUUGAAUUUUCAUCCUCUCCGAAUUUUUCAUUAGCUUGAUCCACCCAUUCACAAUUCUUCCUUAUUUUCUCGGAUGUAUUUUUGCUCCAAGUUGAAUGCGUUUGUUUCGAUAUGUUGUGAAAAAUGAUGAAUGAAUUCGAUUUUCUCCUUUUAAAUUGCGAUUCACAAGCUAAAAUCUGUCCGUCUCCAUUUCUUCAGGUGGGAUUUCAUCCGAUGCCCAUCCCCGAAUUUUGUCACGGUAAGAAGAGCCCGUAAAGUUACAGGUUUUCGUUUCAAAAUUCCAGGUUUGUUUGCGCAUUAGGGGUUUCAAUCAUGAAUAUGCGAAGGGACGGGGUUUUCCCAGAGGAAGUUGUUAUUCAGAUUCUUGCAAGGUUGCCCAUCAAGUCCCUUUUUAGGAGCAAAACCGUGUGUAAACUCUGGAAUAGAUUGUCCUCGGACAAGUAUUUCAUUCAACUCUACAAUGAAAUAUCUAGUAAGAACCCUAUGAUCCUUGUGGACAUUUCAGACGCAUCAGAGUCAAAAUCUAGCUUGAUUUGUGUUGAUAAAUUAAGGGGUGUCUCUGAACUUUCUCUGGCAUUUUUGAAUGAUAGAGUUAAGGUUAGAGCAUCUUGUUGUGGCUUAUUAUGUUGCUCCAGCAUUCCUGACAAAGGUGUUUACUACGUCUGUAAUCCAAUGACUCGUGAGUUUAAGUUGCUGCCCAAGAGUAGGGAAAGGCCUGUGACUCGGUUUUAUCCGGAUGGUGAAGCAACACUGGUUGGUUUGGCCUGUGAUUUGACACAUCAGAAGUUUAAAGUUGUCCUAGCAGGCUACCAUCGCACCUUUGGUCAUCGUUCAGAUGGAAGUUUCAUAUGUUUAGUGUUUGAUUCAGAGCUGAACAAGUGGAGAAAGUUCAUUUCAUUCCAAGAUGAUCAUUUCUCUCACAUGAAUAAAAACCAAGCUGUUCUUUUCAAUAAUUCCCUGCAUUGGUUGACUGUUAAUUCAGCUUACAUACUUGUGCUUGAUUUAAGUUGUGACCUUUGGAGAAAGAUGCAAUUGCCAUAUGAUGUGAUUUAUGGAAUGGGACACAGAAUAUAUCUCCUAGAGCUUAAUGGUUGCCUGUCCAUUAUUCAAAUUUCAGAAGCUUGGAUGAACAUAUGGGUCCUAAAUGAUUACUGGAAAGAAGAGUGGUCUAUGGUGGAUAAGGUGAGUCUGAGGUGUAUCAGAGGGAUGGUGCCUGGAAUCUUUCCAAUAAGUCAGACAAGUGAAUAUAUUCUCCUGGCAACUCAUAAGCAGGUUUUGGUUUAUCAUCACAAGACCCGAAUUUGGAAAGAGAUGUAUUCUGUGAAGUAUAGCUCAACACUUCCAUUAUGGUUUUCUGCACAUGCAUACCGCAGUGCAUUGUUCUCAUGCAACUGAGCUGUGUUUGAAUUUGGUAACUUUUGUACAUAUUUCUAGUUGUAGUAUAUUGUAAUCAAUCGAUGAUUGUUAUUUGUUAUAUGUUAAUGAUCUUGUUUAUUCCAGUACAUUAUAUCAAUUGUAGAGUUAUUGCA